AUGAAAGAAUUUUUAGAACGAGUUUUUAAACGAUGGGGAUACCCGGAGACAUUUAUCUCAGAUAACGGGCCCACAUUUAAAGGACAGAGAUUUCUCCGAUACCUGCGACAGAAUUAUAUUAAUCCUUACACGACCCCUAUAUAUCACCCACGGUCCAACCCGGUUGAGCGACGCAAUCAAGAAUUAAAGAAACUUUUAAGGAUACAUUGUCGCCAACAUGGGGAGGAUCGUUGGGAUGAGUAUAUUGAACAAGCCUUGUUUACACUGCGUAACCGAAAAAACGAUGCUAUUGGGAUAAGUCCUAGUGUUGCAUUACUAGACGCACCGUUAGUACAACCUGGGGAAUGGAAUAACCCUGAGGUACGAAAAGCAGUCCAUAACGCACCCCAAGAAAGGGAAGAACGAUUACAGAAGAUCCGCAGACGACAUAUUGUGUUUGACAGACAACUGUUUCCCGUACAGGGUCGACCGAAAGUGACAUUAAACGUGGGGGAUCAGGUGUUAACUAAGAAUCCGCCGGGGCUAAAAACUCAGUUCGGACCGCCAUGGGCCGGCCCAUACCGAGUAAUCCGAGUGUGCGGGCUUAAUGUCUAUGAACUAAAUAGAAAUGGAACGCCGGUAUUGGUACAUAUAGAUGACAUUCGGCCGUGGCCAAAUCGCGCCCAGUGGCAACCGAUAAGGGACGACCCGUUACAUAUAUCCCCCGGGGAGGACAAUCCGGCAUCCGGACAACAAGAGGAAGCAGAACCAACACCUGACAUAGAACACGAACGUGCAGAAGAUCCACCGCCAGCGGAGGAAGUUCCAUCGUCGACAGAUAGUGAAGAAGAGAGAUUCGAUACGGGUGAAGAGAUGGAUUCGGCGACGUACCCUAACUCCGACACCGAGGAUCCUAGAAGACGCCCACCCGAACGACACGGAGCGCAACGGGUAUACACACCCCCAUAUAGAAGGGAAUACAAACAGAGUACCAUGGAAUCGGCCCAUCCGGGACCGUCCGGGAUAGGCCCCCAACUACGAAGGAGUCCUGGGUCCAGACCACGAACGGAUGAGGCCGGAACGAGCAGGGAGGGAGAAGCAGCCAGGCGCGUACGGACAAUCAGGGAAGUAAACCUACCUGUUUAA